AGCGAUCGAUUGCUCGAGUCUAGGCGAGGCCUCUCCCCCCCCCCCCCGACUCUCUCUGCAGUCCCGCGCUCGGCUCUCUCACCAGAUGCAGAACAACAACGACAAUGUCAUGCCCGAUCCACAAACACCGAGGAGACAUUACAGCGAUUACACUCCGCCGCUCCUGACGCGUUUGACCACCUGAAUGUGAAAUUGUAGUUUUUACCCAUUAAACCCCCCGUUAAAUAUGGCUGAUAAAAGGAAAAACACAUCGGCAAGUGACGUUUCGACUGCGAAGCGUAGCAGAAAGUCGGUGACUUUGGAAAUUAAAUACAAAAUAAUUAAAUUGGCAGACAAUGGCGAAUCAAAUACCGAAAUUGCUCGAAAGUUGGAACUACCUCGUACUACUGUGGUGACCAUUUUGAAGGAUAAGGCCAGAAUAUUGGAAGAGGUGAAGGGCCAGGCGCCUAUGCAGGCCGCAUACAUUCGCCAACGUGCUGGCCUUAUUGCAGAAAUGGAAAAGCAUUUGAUAGUGUGGCUCGACGAUCAAACUCGCCACCAUGUCCCCGUUAGCCUUGCAAUAAUUCAGGCUAAGGCGAGGAGUUUGUUUGAGCACCUUAAGGCGAGGCGUGGUGAAGGCUCCCAAUCAGAAACCUUCCAGGCCAGUAAAGGUUGGUUUAAUAGAUUUAAAUCAAGGUUCAAAUUUCAUGAAAUGAGGGUUAAAGGUGAAGCUAAAAGUGCAGAUGUGGCAACAGCCGGUGAUUUUUCAAGAACAUUGGCUGAAAUUAUUGAGGAGGGCAGGUACUGUGCCAGGCAAGUUUUUAAUGUGGACGAAACAGGUCUUUUCUGGAAGAAAAUGCCUUCCAGUACUUAUAUUGCCAAGGAGGAAAAUUCAAUGCCUGGAUUUAGAUCUGAAAAGGACAGACUCACACUUGUGCUUGGGUCAAAUGCAGCUGGGGACUUCAAAUUGAAACCUUUGCUGGUGUAUCAUUCCGAAAACCCAAGAGCACUCAAGGGCUAUACCAAGAAUACUCUUCCAGUCAUCUGGAAGUCAAAUCCCAAAGCUCGGGUUACUGGUGCAAUUUUCGAGGAGUGGUUUCGUGUUUAUUUUGUGCCUGCUGUCAAAGAAUAUUGCCGGACUAACAACCUUGCAUUUAAGGCAAUUUUGGUUUUGGACAAUGCUCCCUGCCAUCCUGUGUCUGUUGAAGGCUUUGACCCAAACAUCAAGGUCGUUUUCUUGACUCCUAACACCACCGCAUUGCUCCAGCCUAUGGACCAGGGUGUCAUGUCAUCAUUUAAGGCUUACUACCUCAGGCAAACCUUUGCUCAGGCCAUCAGUGCAACCGAUAAGGAAGGUGGACCGACGCUGACAGAAUUUUGGAAGGGCUUCAGUAUUUUGGAUGCCGUAAAAAACAUUGCUGCAUCGUGGAAAGAGAUGAAACAAUCUAACCUCAAUGGAGUUUGGAGGAAACUGUGUCCAGAAUUUGUCUCUAAUUUUCAAGGGUUCACUGACACAGUGGAAGAGGUGACCGAAAAUGUUGUUGAGAUGGCUGGUCAACUGCAGCUAGAAGUGGCACCAGAAGAUGUUGGUGAGCUGCUGGCAUCUCAUGCACAUGAGCUCAGCAAUGAAGACCUUCUGCAGCUAGAACAACAAAGACUUGAAGAAGAGACGCAAACACAAGAGACUCCUCACCCAUCGUUGUCAACAAAAGUCUUGAGUGAAGCCUUCCAACAUUUUGAAACGGGAAUGGCCUUGCUUGAGAAAAAUGAUCCAAACUUUGAAAGGAGUUCUAAAGCAAGCGAAAUCAUCAGGAGUGGUUAUACUUGUUACAGGGAGAUCUACAGGGAGCAAAAGAAGGCUGCUGUUCAGACAUCAUUGGACUUGUUCUUCAAAAAGCCUGUAGCACCACGAAUUGCACUUCCGAAGAGCCCACUAGCAGAGUCCCACCCCAGUGAUGACUGAUGAACCAGAAGGUUUUCCUUUACCAUCCUUUCUACAGUGAAUCUUAAUUCUUUUUUCAAAAGGUCAAGUUACUCCCCAACUCAUCCUCACUUGUUUAAUAAAGAUUUAUAGUAAAAUUUGUUUAAAACCCUCUGGUCUGUAGGUGUUGAUUACCUCUUAAUUAGACUGUGGAGUCAAUUAGACAACUAAAGCUGUCGAGCGUUAAGUGCUUACAAGAGGUUAAUUGUGGUGGGGCCUGGUCGGCAUGGCUCAUCCUCGGGCUCACUUGGAUUCCUUGUCAGGCUGUGUUGCCCCUGUCCUCGUAAAGUGCGGAGACAUUUGGUCGGGGUAAAGGGUUUACUCCUUUGCUCUCCAGAACUUGUAAUUAUAGUUUUUU